GAUUUCUCUCCUCCUAUGACGGGGGAGGCGCUCGGUCCGCCUAUUAUCUUUCCUGUUUCAGCUCUUCCCUUGAGUGAAAAGCGCAGAAUUCGGCCAUUCCAUUCCCCAUCCACUACACACUCCGCAUCCCUCAGCUAUGGCGGCAACUGACAUAUUGAUCGGAUAUGCAGUUUCUGCAUCAAUCUUCUAUGUUAUCGUCUCGGUAAGCUAUCGCUUACUGCUUCAUCCACUCCGCAAAUACCCUGGGCCUUUCAUCGCCAAGUUGUCAGAUGCGUAUGAAGGUUACUUUGCAGCGGCUCGCCGGUUACACUUAAAAACAUACCAAGAUCAUAUCAAGUACGGUCCAAUUGUAAGGCACGGUCCGAAUAAGCUGCUGUUCAAUAGUGUUACAGCUCUACGAGAUAUCUACCAGAACGAUCGUGUUGUUAAAGCUUCCAUCUACCGGGCUUCGCAAGUCCAACCCGACAAGUACAACGUAUUCAACUCUAGAGAUAAGAGUAUACAUAGAACCAAGAGGAGACUAGUGGGCCAGGCGCUCUCUGAUCAUUCACUUCGGCAAUUUGAACCUACAUUGCUAGAAGAGGUUGACAAGUUUCUGAAUGUGUUACUACGAGCAUCGAAGAACUCGAGCCCAGUUAAUAUGACACCCACCAGUCGCCAUCUCGGAUUGGAUGCUAUCGGGCAGCUAGGCUUCGGAUACGACCUCAAGAUGCAAUCUGAAGAGGAAAAUCGCUUCUUGAUGAAUGGAUUGGUGCUUGCUGGGAUGCGUAUCAAUACUUGCAUGAGUUUCCCACUGCUCAUACAUCUCCGGUUGGACCUUCUUGCUUCACUUAUUCCUAAUAGCAUUCGAACCCGUCUCCUAGCCGUCGUAGAGAAGAUGAUUGCCACGCGCCUUGCUCAGCCGGUGGAUGCGAAACAUGACCUUCUAUCUUUCAUUGUCCCGAAGCUGGAGACCGACUUCAAGGAUGUUAAAAAGGGCGAUCUUUGGCCGGAAGCCGUGUUUUUCUUUGGAGCCGGUGGCGAUACUACGGCUACUGCCAUGGCUGGCGCAUUCUUUUAUUUGUCGCGCAAUCUGGACUGUUACGAAAAGCUUGCUGCGGAGGUCAGGUCUACUUUCGCAUCAGCCGACGAAAUCCGAAGCGGCCGGCAACUCGCAAGCUGCCGAUAUCUUCGGGCGUGCAUCGACGAGGCAUUGCGCAUGUCUUCACCCGUUUCUGCCACUCCAUGGCGCGAAAAAGACCCCAAGGACGAACAGAGUCAGCCGCUAGUGAUAGACGGCCAGACAAUCCCUCAGGGUACAUUAGUGGGGGUAAAUAUUUACAGUCUUCAUCAUAAUGAGGAAUAUUUCCCUAAUCCCUUCAAAUAUCAACCUGGGAGAUGGCUCGUGGAAGAUCAUAACGCGAAAGCGGCUUUUAACCCCUUUUCAACUGGGCCUCGUGUAUGCGCGGGCAAGUCCCUAGCCUACACCGAGCUCAGUCUUGUUUUGGCGAAAACGUUGUGGUAUUUUGAUUUUGAGCCAGCGCCAGGGCAAUUGGGUAAGAUCGGAGAAGGGACUCGUGGAAGAACGGAUGGGAGAGGGAGGAAGGACGAAUUUCAACUUUAUGAUAUUUUUGGUUCAUAUCAUGAUGGACCUUAUUUGGUAUUUAGAUCUAGAGCUCAGUACCACCAGGAAUUGGAUACGAACGGUUUUAAUUGAAAAUUAUUUCAUGACGAAAUCAUCAAUGUUUCAUAUCAAAUUCUACAAAAACCAUGAACAUGAGACUAUUUACCAACUCAAGAUCACAGCUUAGAAUGAACUUCUGAUUUUGAACCAAUACAAGCUUCAUUCAAUU